AUGGCUGGAGGGCGGCAUCCAAUGAAGGCGAAGUACUCUGUCGGGUUCAAGUCAAACGGCAAGAUCACAGCCUUGCACCUGGAUCUUGGGAUCAAUGCUGGAAUAUCCCCGGAUUUGAGUCCAGUGUUGCCGUUCGCCAUCAUAGGGGCUCUCAAAAAGUACAACUGGGGCUCUCUUGAAUUCGAUACCAAGAUCUGCAAGACAAACGUGUCCUCGAAGUCUGCAAUGCGAGCUCCUGGAGAUGUGCAAGGCUCUUUCAUCGCUGAAGCUAUCAUGGAGCAUGUUGCCUCAGCGCUCUCGGUAGACACCAACACCGUCAGGAGGAAGAACCUCCAUGACUUUGAGAGCCUCGUGUUGUUCUACGGAGAAAGUGCAGGUGAAGCUUCCACGUACAGCCUGGUGUCCAUGUUCGAUAAGUUGGCCUUGUCUCCAGACUAUCAGCUCAGAGCUGCAACGAUUGAGCAGUUCAACAGGAGCAACAGGUGGAAGAAACGAGGCAUUUCUUGUGUGCCAAUCACGUACGAGGUGGGCCUCCGCCCAACUCCUGGGAAGGUGUCCAUCAUGAACGAUGGCUCAAUUGUCGUCGAGGUGGGAGGAAUCGAGAUAGGCCAAGGGCUGUGGACUAAAGUUAAGCAGAUGACGGCGUUUGGAUUGGGACAGCUUUGUCGUGACGGCGGCGAAUGCCUUCUGGACAAGCGGUUGGGCAAUCAUGUGCCGCACUCAACUUCUGAAACUAGCUGCGCAGCGGUUGGGCAAUCAUGUGCCGCACUCGUCGAGAGGCUGAAGCCUAUCAAGGAGAGACUAGAGGCCGCUAAGGGCAACACAUUGGAGUGGGGUGACUUAAUUGCUCAGGCAAGUAUGGUCAAUGUGAACUUGUCAGCACAUGCCUACUGGACUCCUGAUGCAACUUUCACUAGCUACUUGAACUAUGGAGCUGCCAUCAGUGAGGUGGAAGUUGAUGUCCUGACAGGAGCAACCACAAUUCUACGGAGUGACCUGGUGUACGACUGUGGGCAGAGCUUGAAUCCUGCCGUCGACUUGGGCCAGAUCGAAGGCUCAUUCGUCCAAGGAGUGGGCUUCUUCACCAACGAGGAGUACACGACGAACUCAGACGGCUUGGUCAUCCACGAUGGCACAUGGACAUACGAGAUCCCCAGUGGACACCAUCCCAAAGCAGUUCAACGUCGAGAUGUUCAACAGCGCUCCUUAUCAGAAGCGCGUCCUGUCUUCAAAAGGGGCGGGCGAGCCACCGCUGGUUCUUGCAUGCUCGGUGCACUGCGCCAUGUACGUCGUGGAGAGGUACCUGGAGAGCGUGUCCGCUGCCGGCCCAACCACAGCCAAAGCAUAGGUCCAGAAGGCAUGCAUCAGGCAGCCCCCGGCGCACUGCAUGCCAACGCGAGAGACAAUGCCAUCACAUUGCCAAGCUCGUCCAGCUCGUGCGUGUUGGGCAGGACGAGUGUGUAUGUUGGAAAUCUUGUGAUUUUGACUGGUUUCUGA